CCCACGUUAAAGUUCACAAAAGAUUGCUGCAGAGAUUAGACGUAUAAAAAAAGAAGAAUGCUCGACUUUGUCGCUGGUGGUCGGUAGUUUGCCCCUAAAAUUAGCCACAGUGACAUAUUGAAGAGUGCGUUGAAGCGGGCGGGUCAUGGUGCCCCAUCCAAAGCUCCCCCUGCUAUUAGGCACAAAAGCGGUGCCCUGGGAAAAUCAACUGACGCGUAACUAAACGGUGUAUCAUUAAUUCCAACACGCUUCUGCUAUUCGUCCCACGACUGCUGUUAGUAGCUUCUUUUGGUACCUGAACUAUCCAACGUCAAUAUUAACUUUAAAAGUAAUUAAUGAAUACAAAAUAUGAACGAGAAGAUUAAAUGAAAUCAAUUACUGGCAGGUACAUGAUCAGUAAAAGUUCAUGGUAAUCUCUGGUUAUCAACUUCUGUCAGUUUUUUCACCCCUGGGAAUUUCACCUUACGCGAGAGCGUUUUCCCGUUGAAGCUGUCGAGCAGAAACGUCGAUUCCUCGGCUCGGAUUAUCGGCGUUCACCUUCGGCGAUGGAAGGCCGUUGAUUGGCACAAAAGGUAUCCGUUCGUCGCGACUGAGAGUGUUGGUAAAAAAGGAAAAUGAGCGGGUGUUAGACAGAAGAUAGAAGUGAAAGACAGAAGAAAUGGUUAUUGAAAACAGAGAGAUGGAUGUUCGUGUUCGAUCGAAUUCAAAAAAGGAAGAGGAAAUAAACGGAGUGAAAACUAUUCUCUUCACGUUAGUUUUAUUUUAUACAAGCAACUGGUAUCUACAAAAUCUUCCUGAAUCCUCAAGUACCCCAUGCAGUGCAGGAAACUUAACAAAUUCCAAGUGAAGAAUGCUGAAGAUGUCAAUGUCAGCUGAAUGGAAAAGUUUACGUUGAUAAAUGCUAACCAUAUCCUCUGAACUUUGGAAUUGAAGGCAGUCGAAGACCUACACGCUUCAUCGCACUCCUGACCAUCACGACCGUGGUCCUUGGCCGACGCAAACAGGCUUUGGGCCACCAAGCCUAUUUGGUACACGUGUCCUUGCACGUUGAAUCUCGACGAUCCUCCCCCUUUGGGGCAAAGUAGAGACCGAGCUCGCGACAAAAGCUUGCACGCUUCGCCACGUGGCCGCCGGUGGGACGACUUCAGGGCACCAAAUUCACGGAUGAACGAGGCUGGAAAAAAUCGUAGAUGCUUGAACCAGAUUUUGGUUGGCCAACAUUCUCCCCCUUCUCUACUCGGCUACGUGACAAAUUGAGAUAAAUAAUUGUUUGCGGGGACACACAAUGCUCUCUUGAAAUUUGUCACGAUCCUCGAAACGGCACGCUCCGGAACGUUUGCGGAGUGAUACUCGUAAAACCGACACUCGAGCCGCAUCUGGUUCCCAUUUUACUACUACAAAAUGAUACCCCAAGAUUUUAUCAAUAUCUACUAUAGAUGUGCCUAUUACACUCAUCUGAUAAUUCAUCAAGGUACACAUCCUUCAGGACUAAACCAUCAAGGAAAGCCUCAAUAAGCAACACGACUCCAAUCUCGCCGGAUAAUAUCAAAAUAUGCAAAUUGAACGUGAAAUCCAGAGAGGUUCUCUAUCUGAAUCGUGUUCUCAUACGUUCCAGGGCUAAUCCCAAUUAUAUGCGUAUUGGUAGACGACAAUAGUAAUUCCCUUCAGCAACCACCGAUGAGGAGUAGACACACUCGUUUUCCAAUGGUUGGCGCGACAAAACUUUGCCGGUCGCCUAGGUACAACCCUAGCGAACCACCAUUGUGAUCGUAUUAACACCUUGCAUAAUUGCAUCGCCACCGACGCCGCCGCGUUUCUCAUUGUCCGUUAAACGCGUCUCAUUUGAAUAUUGGCCCAUUCAGAUCUCUAUUUCUCGCUGAUAAAGGGGAAGCUCUGUCCGCGGUUGCUUCAUACCGAUCGAUCCACUCUUUCUCAGGCUGUCAGCUUUCCCUGAGCACCGUUUAAGCUAAUGUUGUUAAAAGCUUCGGCGGUCAAACUCAGUGCUUAUUAACGAAAUCAAAUCUUUGCUGCCCUUAAGUGUUACUAUUUUGUAAUUCUGUCAUUUUUAUAAAAAAUGAUAGUGUGUUUUGCAUUUGAACUACGCGUUUAACUUGGUGAAAAGAAAUGGUAAAUGCUGAUGGGGGUAGUUAAUAUAUUAACAGUCUUGAAGUAAGUAAGCUAUCUGGACAAAAAUGUUACCCGCCCCCAUAAAAUGUUCAAGCAUCCCGACAUAAUUCCUGAGCCUCGAAUUUUCAGGUUUAAGGAGCGUCCAUUCGGUAGGAAACGAGUUCUCGUCGCGAAAAGGAUUGUUCUUCCUCGUCUCUCGUUGGUUCGUCUACUAGUAAACGUCCUCCUCCUCCCGAACCAUGUCAGAGGGUUGGAAAACGAUGGAAAUAAAAUUUCAGCCAGGCAGUAACAAUGAACCACAGGACCGCCGAGGCUGAGGUUCUGGUUAUUAACCGAUUCGCCAAUCGCUGGAAGCUGUGAUAGACGGUUGCACCCCUAGAACAGUCGCUAUUGGACGCGGUCUCCGCCCAGGGGUUGUAUCGAUCAUCCCCUUCGCUCCGCUAUAUAAACCAGUCUCCCCAGGGACUCUGCCGAUAGUCUGACUCCUGGUUAUCCCGUGGACAUUUCUUAAUUUUGCUGUUCAUCCGCGUGAAGUGUUCCCGAAGGACUUAGAUUACCCCUGAACUAGCAGACAAUUCUGUCAAGUAACAAGUGAAUGUUCAGAAUCUCCAGGAUUUUGGAUCUUCAGGUUCUUUGAAGUUCCAUAGGGAUUGGAUAAGUUUACUCUUUAGUAGAUUGACUCUAGGGGUUGCAAGUGUAGUGAUUAAUGAGCUGGUGAGGUAAAGAGAAGCGGAAUGGCGAGUCAUUCUACGUACGAAUACGAGGACAGAGGUCAGAGGAUGCGACAUAGGGUCGGUACCACUUCUAGAGCCGCUGACUCGACCGUGGCCUGUACAAGUAGUCAGUAUUACGUGGGGCCCAGCAGCGACAUCAGCGAAGAAGAUCUCGUAGAACUGCCUUCUUGCGUUUACGCCGGGAGAUCCAACCAGCACGUCGCACACACGUCUUCUCAUACUCAUUCUCCUCUUCAUUACCACAUGCCAGUUUCUACACCUGAUCACAAUGAUACAGAGUUAAACGGUGUAGAAGAGGGCUAUUAUCCAAAUGGUAGCCCCUACAGAAUCCAGCGACACGCUGCCAACAUCAGGGAAAGGAAACGUAUGCUGAGCAGCAUCAACUCGGCUUUCGACGAGCUGAGAGUUCAUGUACCAACGUUCCCCUACGAGAAGAGGCUAUCAAAAAUCGACACUCUACGCCUGGCAAUAGCCUACAUCGCUCUUCUUCGAGAGGUGCUGGCAGCUAGACUUGACCCACUGACUUACGUCGAGAGGUGCCUUAGAGGAGAGAUAAACGGGGAACGUGCUGAAUGGAACACCAGUGAUCUGACGGCACGUUUGUCAUGGAUAAAUUGGGAGAACCUGGGUGUAAACCCGAAUCGGCGAUCAGUUUUGACUACGCUGGCUCUAACCACGGACAAUAUGAAUUAAGAGAAUCAUCGAGGAUAACCGCAGACAAAUUUUUCUUUUCUUUUUUGUAAAUAAAUAUUCAGUCAAAUAGAGUGCCAAAAGGAGGUUAUACAUAAAUGUGUAUAUUUCAGUUUUAGUCUCCAUGUGCAAUACGAGCGAUGAUGUUAUAUUUCGUACUUCUAUAUAUAAAUAUAAAUAUAUAUAUGUAUUAUACAUACACGUAAAAGGGAAUAGCUAUUAUAGUUUUAGUAUUUUGUUUGGAAUAAAAUCAACGCUCGUGAAGAGCUACGACGGGAUUCUUUGUUUCAUUGAACCAACCCUCUUCUGAGUUUGAAACAGGAAAUGUGUAAAUCAAUGUAUCGAUGAGGUUUACAUUUUUGAAACGAUCUUCAGGAGAUGCAUGCGAUACUC